AUGCCAGGGUACUUCCACAAGCCGGGGAAGAUAGGGAUUGUUUCUCGGUCUGGUACAUUGACUUAUGAAGCUGUUUUCCAAACUACAGCAGUAGGUCUGGGACAAUCUACAUGUGUAGGAAUUGGUGGAGAUCCAUUUAACGGCACAAAUUUUGUUGACUGCUUGGAGAAGUUCUUUGUUGAUCCUCAAACAGAAGACAAGCCUGUAGUUGCUUUCAUUGCUGGACUCACCGCACCACCUGGUCGUAGAAUGGGUCAUGCUGGAGCCAUUGUCUCUGGUGCUAAGGGCACGGCUCAAGACAAGAUAAAGAGCCUAAGAGACGCUGGAGUUAAGGUCGUUGAGUCACCGGCUAAGAUUGGUGCGGCUAUGUUUGAGCUUUUCCAAGAAAGAGGUCUUUUGAAGUAGAAGUUAAAUUAGCUUUUCCAAAAAAAUGUUUUUUCUUUCUGACUAAAAGAUAUUGAAGAGAGGAAGAGAGUCUCUUUUUCUGGGAAAAAUGCCUAUUCC